AUGAUUCGACAAAUUAUAGAUCGAAAAGUCAAACUAAAAAUAAAAACAAGUAACUGUCGCAAGUUAUCGGGAAGGCAAAGUCCCGCCUACAUUGAGAAAGUCCAUCAGAAUAUGGAAGAUAUAACAUUGGUUUGGUUUGAUAAAAACAUUGAUGUUAGAACAGAUACAAUACAAACACGAAAAAUGCUUCGAGAAAUUAAUGACUACGUUAUUUUUCAUAGGCAAUUAGAUGAAUGUGUUGAAUACAUAAAAUCAAUUGAAAACCAAAAAAUAUUUUUCGUUACAUCAGGAGCAUGUGCAGAAAGCAUUUUACCGUUAGUACAAAAAAUAAGACAGAUCGAUUCCAUUUUCAUUUUUUGUAUGAGAAAAUCAAAGUAUGAGCAUUUAAUGGAUGAAUAUACGGAAAUCAUUGGAAUUUAUACUACACAAGAUGAAUUAGUUAGUUCAAUCCUUGAAAAUGUUCAUUUAAUUGAAAAAAACUUGCAGACGUUUAGUUUUUAUGAUCAACAACAAAAAUUAACUCGAGAUCUAACGAAAGAAGCAGCAUCGUUUUUUCGAUUUCAAUUAUUCAUAAAGGCCAUGUUGAAUAUGCCCAAAACUUCAGAAUCUAAACAAGAAAUGGUCUCAAAAUGUCAGGAAUAUUAUCGUGGAAAUAAUAAAGAAUUAAAAUUUAUACAAGAAUUUAAUAAAACGUAUAAAUCUACCGAUUGUAUUCGUUGGUAUACGAAACAAUGUUUCCUUUAUAAAUUGAUUAAUAAAGCAUUACGAACAGAAGAUAUAAAACAAUUAUAUACGUUUCGUUUCUUUAUUGUCGACCUUUGCACGAGUCUUGCUCAACAAUAUAGACAAAUACGUGACUCAUCCAUCGUUCAUUUAUAUCGUGGUGUUAAAGUAUCGAAUGAUGAAUCUGAAAUGCUGAAAAGUAGCAUAGAUCGAUUAGUAUCAAUAAAUGGAUUCCUAUCAACAACUCGAUCUCGUCAUCUUGCUUUAAAUUUUGCCACAAAACCAACAAAACGAAUGGAUAUUGUUCCAGUUCUAUUUGAAAUUGAAGUUGACAGAACACAAACAACGACUGUUUUCGCAGAUAUAUCUGAAUGGAGUGAUUAUCCUCAAGAGCAAGAAGUGUUAUUUGAUGUAGGGGCUGUAUUUGAGAUUUCUAAUGUUAAAGUCAAUGAAGAACAACAUGUUUGGAUAAUUAAAAUGAAAGCAAUAAAUAAAGGCUUGGAAUGGAUUCAAAUAAGCAGAAAAGAACUGGAACAAUUAUGUACUCCACAAGGAACUGGCAAAUUAUGUGAACUGACUUUGAGUUUCACUACAAGUAUGGAUAUAGCUCAUGAUAGACGAUUUGUAAUAGCUGGGCUUAAUUCCGAUGAAUUUACUUCUAUAAUUGAAAAAUUGAAAAAACACACUGAGCACCUAAUCAUUCAAAUCGAUACUUUUAAAGAGUUUGAAGCAUAUGUAAAUUCAAAUACAAAUAUGAAAAUAACAAUGUUCAUGGGAAACCAACAGUUUCUCUAUUUCUCAUCGAUUAUACAAGAUGUCGAUGCAAUUGAGCAUGUCUAUGUACUCGUCGACCAAAGUGAUAAACAUUCAACGGAGCCGAAUUCGAACUCGAAAGUAGAGUUAAAAUUUUCGUCUGUAAACGAUCUUUUGUCGGAAUUGGUAGAUCAGCUGGCAAAUGAAUAUCUAGAAAAAGCGGAAUUCCUUGAAAAAAAAGGUGAAAUUAAUUUAGCAAAUGAAAAGCAUGACAUUGGACAAAAAAUAUACGAAAUAUGGAUGAACCAUGAUGUUCAGCCAUCAGAAUACAAACCAUCACAAUGUGCCACAAUGGGACAGUUGUCAUUUCUUUUAUUUCAAACGAAUGCCGCUGACCAAGCGUUAAUUAUUAAAGAAAAAUUUGAAUUGGCAACGGGUACAAUACUGUUUUCUACCAGCAGUGAAAACCGUUGUUUAGAAUAUUUACAAUUGAAUGCGACGAAAAAUUUUUUAAUAAUUGUUUGUGGAAAUGAUUUACCAGAAACAAUUUCGAAUUUUGCCAGACAUUUUCCACAAAUAUAUGCUAUAUAUCCUUUCGGUGUUAACAACGUUUUAGGUACCAGUGAAAAAAUUCGAGGUGUUUUUAAGAACGAAAAUAAUCUGUUCUAUCAACUAACAAAUGAUAUUAUUGAUUAUUAUACUCACGAAGCUGACGUAUACAUGCGUUUGGCUCAACAUAAAUUGUCUGGUGACAAAUAUCAAGAAGCAUUUAAAUGGGCUACAAUACUAGAUCAAAUGUUGAAAAACUCAUUAUAA